AUGGCCGCCCUUCAUGGCCACACCCGUUCCUCCGCGCCGUCCCGCUUCCACGACCUGGAGCUGCCAGAGUGGGGCCAGGCUGCAGCUGCGCCAGUACCGUUGGAGAAGGUGAAAGAGAAUCGAAGGAAGAGCAUUGCAAGACACCCGGACAGGGGCAUCACCUUGCUUGAAUUGAAAGAGCUGAUCAUUCAGCAUGGCAUGGAUGAGGAGAGAUGGUACUGCAGCAACUACGGAAAUUGCGACCAGGAGCCGCGCGCUUUAUCUUGGGCCGACAAGUCUGCAGCGUCCAUCGCUGAGUGUCCGAAGUGCAUGCAGAUGGGUGAGGUUCAUGCUUGGACCAUGUACGACGUGGUAAAGGAGGCAGUAAAGGAAAGAUGUGUCACGGAUCAAAUCUCCUACGUAGAAUACCUGCAAAGAGAGGUUCGAAAAGGGAAGUCGGAGAAGGAGUUCAAAGCGAAGACUUUUGUGUCGCACUGGUGGGGCGAAGAGUUCAAGGACUUUGUGGCCGCUUUGGAUCGCUAUGCCACGGACCGAUGCAUCAAGAGGCAACGGCUACGGCUAUGGGCGUUCCUCCACUCCACUGCAUCAUUGCUGUUGAACUUUGCUCUGCUGGUGAAACGCAUGGCUUCACCAUCACUCCGUUGGGGUGAAGCCUUUGAUGACUUGUUGAACGUCGCAUCCAGUCGACAGCCAUGGCCACGUGUAUUGGCGUUGAUUUUCUACAACUCCUUGGUGACCUUCGUGAUUCUGCUACUGGUGCUCUUGGAAGCCCUUUGGAAUCGCCACGACGCCAACAACUGGACCUUUUGGAUUUGUGCCUUUGCCAACAACCAGUACGAGCUGCGCCAUGCUUUGGAUGCUCGGGAGUCGGUGGAAGAAUCUUCUUUCGCGCAAGCUUUGAAGCAUCCAGCGACUGAGAAUGUGGUAUGUAUCAUUGACCCCAAGUGCAUGAUUUACAAGCGGAUUUGGUGUGCUUUUGAGCUCUUCUAUGUGAAAUGCGUGCUGCAGAAAGAGAAACCAGACUUGCCAGUGAUUUUGAUCAAUGAGAAGGGCGUCAUCAGCGAGGGUGGUCUCAGUGCCCAUCAAAUGCCACGCAUCCGGGAUGCAAUUGCUACGGUGAAGACAGAGAAUGCUGAAGCCUCCAAGAAAGUGGACAAAGCGCGUAUUGACUAUUUUAUUUGCAAAGAAGGCCGUUACACUUAUUCCAUGUUGGAUGACACUUUGAAAGAUCUCACCAAUGUGGGCCUGGACAGUGUAAGCUUGAGACGCAGAGCGAUGGUGAUCUUUUUUGGUUUGUGCCCUAUCACUUCAUUUUUUGUCUCAGACUGCAUCUUUUGGCUUGUGAUGGCCCUCCGCCCCCAGAAUAAACACUGGGGAACAUGGUGUCGGAAGCUGGCGCUGGACACGCCAACUUUAUGGUUUAAAACUGGUUUCUACUUCUUGGCAAGCAUCAUCUUCUUGCUUCUGAUUGUCAUUAUGUCAUUAAGCUCCGUUGAAUUCACUGUGGGAUCUCCAAGAGAUGGCAGUUUUGAAGCGCAAGACUUUUGGAGAACCGUAUCAGUUUGGAGACUCAAAGCAAUCAAAGAGAUGAAGAUCCGCGUAACCUUUCCUGCAUUUCAUACCAGGCUCCAACGACGAGUGCUUUUCAAAGCGAUGUAUGGCAUAUCAAUGCUUUCAGGGCCUGCUUUGACCUUGGCCUUUGUGGCCAUGGUGCUUUUGGCCAUUCAAAAGAUACGAGUUCAGGAUGAAGAAUCGGAGAUCACUGACUUUCUGGAGUUUUGCCUUGCAUUUGCUUGGCUGGUGCGCAAAUUAUGGAACUACGUGCAGAUAGUUUAUGGCAUGUUGGGAUUGCUGAUCGGUUUGGUGUAUCUGAAAAUCCGCGACAAGAAGAUUGGACACAUCAGGCGAUUGCUUGAAGAAAUAUUGCUGUGA